AUGUGUCUAGGGAACCCACAAGGCAAAUCAUCUUGGGACAAGACCGAUAUUUGCGUUGUUCUGGCAUCAUUUUUAUGCCUCGCUGCUUCGAUAUGCGUCGUUACGCCAAGUUUGACUCUCUCAUGGCAACUAAAAUUUGAGCGGCAAAUCAUCAUCAUUGGGUUCUUGUUGAGUUUGAUGAACCUUUCUCUGAAAAGAAUCGCACCCACGCUAUUCCUCAUAUCUGAAUUACGUUGGGGCGGUUCGAGCUUGCAGAAUUACGAUGCCAUCUUAAGGAACUCGAUAUCGCUCUCUGAGAUUGGGUACUUUUGGAGAAUCACCAUACUAUCAUUCAUACUCUUACCGCUAGGGUUGAGUGUUGGAUACAAGAGAUUCACCGGCGGAACCAGCAGCGCAGUCAUUGGCGGUAAAUUCCCAGGACGCUACGGGCUUGCCGUACCUCCUCUUGGCGAUUUCACCACCAUGAACAAUUCCGUCUAUUUCGCCAUUGACGCGAAUGUACCCUUCAUGGCUGCGUCUUCAAAUGAUUCAGUUCCACUGCCGUUUGAAUCCUUGCCAAUAGCUUACGGGUACAACACUCUCUUACUUGACAACGGAUCAGCUGCUUUACUUGAUAUGCCUUUGCCGGACUAUGUUCUUUCAAUACAACAGAAUUUGAACGGAGCCGACUUCUGGAAUAUCUCUGCAACGGUAAAUGCGACCGUCGCCAGGUACAACACCCUUACUGAGGCCUACAGGAGCAACGACUCGUUUUGGCAGGAGACUAUGGAUUCAAGUUGGAGCGGAAGCAUGGGAGGCCUUUCCUCCUUCGAAUUGUUUAAUGGGAACGCACUCGGUUUCUUGCCUGGUAUUCCGAACGAUUAUGAUGGGGCAUACUGCUUAAUAGGCUCUUACAACAGCACCCUCUUCUGGGUUGGCUUCUUCAACGACCUCUCUUCCCCUGAUGCUGUGGCUUUUAGAUCAGUUGCUCUCAUGUUCAAUAUUCGGCGUGAGAUAUGCGCAGGCAAGUGGCAAAUCAACCGCACCGCUAUUACCUUGCUAGAAGGUUCAUGCACUGGGAUAGAAACAAACCAAGGCCCUCUCUCGCAAUAUAGCAAUGUGCCCUUCCCUCUGGACGCCUUACCUGUUCUUGCUCAUGCUCUUACCUCCUAUAGCGUGGAGCGCAAUCAGUCUGCAUGGCGUUUACCUGCCUUCGUAACUGCUAUCGCCACCUCUUACUGGGCUCGGCUUGCCUUUAUGGUGCCAGGACAGACGCAGGAAGGUCAAUUUGAUUCUGAGCUCAAUUACCCACCUACUCACGAGUAUAUCACAUCGACUACUACAACUCUUAAUGCGACUUGGAUGCUGUAUUUUCUACUUGCCUUCCAGCCCGUCUUGACCCUAUUCAUGUUCCUCUCGACUACAUUGUUCUACUCUUCGCCGAUCGGCAAAGGGUUUGGGCUUGUGGCGGUGUUAUCUGGCAUUGACAGUAACUGUCUGCACUUGCUCUCGGGGGCGGGAUUAUCAGGUGAGCUUAAAAGGCCUGUCAAACUCAACAUUUCUGUCGUCGAUGAUAUCAACGAUGUUCAACCUAUGACCAGCUAUUAA